CAAUCUUUUAAAUUUACAAGUAUUCAUUAAUAAUUAUAAUUUUUCAUUGAUAAUAUAUUUUUGCGAAUUAGAUUUUAGCCAGUAUGGUGGUUGCUGUUUGGGCCGGUUAUGAUGAAGACCAUGGUGGUUCUACCUAUCACGAAACUUCUAAAACUGUGGAAAUACCGAUCUAUAAGAAGUACGCUAUACCGAUUCCACACCCAGUACCAGUUGCUAUACCACAGCAGAUUAAAGUACCGAUACCACAACCGUAUCAGGUACAGGUACCAGUGCCACAUCCGGUGCCUGUGGAAGUUGUUAAACACGUUGAGAUUCCUGUAGAAAAGCCUGAACCAUACGUGGUUGAGAAGAAGGUACCAUACGUAGUCGAGAAGCCUUAUGCAGUAACAGUCGAGAAACAUUUUCCAGUACCCAUACCAAAACCAUAUCCGGUCCAUGUGCCAGUUUAUAAGCAUGUUUUCCAUCAUCAAAGUAAAGGACACGGUUGGAAACAUUGAUGUGAAGGGGCACGUAAACUGGACAAAUUUAUUGCCAAAAAGGAUAUGUUAAUUAAAUUAAAGAAAAAAAAAAACGAAGAUUAAAAAUAGCUUUACGCGUUACUCGAGUAACUUAUAGUUCAAAAUAUAUUUAAUAAGUGUUACGUUUUGUAAAUAAUGAUUUUACUUGUUUUCUAUACAAUGUAUCUUUGUUUCUUUGUUAAAUAAAAAUUGUUUAGUUGUACGGGUCGU